AUGGACAACACGGAGCUGAGGACCAAUGGACCCUCACUGUUAAAGGUGGUGCAGCUGGGGAGACUGAGGCUGACCAGGCACCUCCUGGAAGGGGCUUAUGUCAACGAGAGCAAUGACAAAAGCGAAACAGCCCUCAUGGCAGCAUGCAUCACCAAACAUGCGGACCAGCAAAGCACCAGCAAGUCCAAGAGGGAGUACCUGCUGGACCAGGACAAGUCUGGCAGGCCUGCUCUCAUCCAUGAGUGCCUCAGGAGAGCUGGGGGCGAAGUGGUCUCCUUGCUGCUGGAGAACAGAGCAGACCCCAGCCUCGAGGACUGCACUGCCUCUGCUCUGGUUUCUGCAAUCAGUGCUGAUGAUGAGGAUGCGUCCAGACAUCUCACUGAUGCCUGCAAAGCCAAAGGGAAGGAGAUAGACAAAUCGUCCUCAGGCACUAAAACCCCCAAACAGUAUCUUAACGCCCCUCCUUCACCUACAGUGGAAGGUGGACAGUCACUCUCAGAUACAGAACUGAUGUCUCCAGGCCUGGGCUCCCCACCCCGCGAGAAGGAAAGUAACUUCUUCAGCCUCCAAGCAGGGCAUCCAAGUGUUUACGACACCUCCAAGGCCGUCAGUGAGCCCGAGUCACCUGCCAGGAACAUCGGGAACCUGAAAAGGGCCCGCAUGUCCCAACUGAAGAGGCUGCAGUCUGAACCCUGGGGGAGCCUGGUCAUGCCGUUGGUGCAGGCGGAGACGGGUGGUGCCAGCACAGACGCCAAGGUCAGAGAGAGCAUCAAUAACGUGGCCUUCCCCAAGAGGUGGCCCCUCUCCAGAACCAGCAGUAUUGACAGCAAAGACCCCAGUCCCUUCCCCACAGGUACAGAGCAGGUUCGGAAGAUCCCAGCCUCUGCGGCAGUGGCAUGGGGGGCAGCCUAUGAGAAAGGUCAGGCGUCCCACCUGCGUCUGGCCAGGAGAGAAACUCUCCCUGUUGACCAAGAGAACACAUCUCCGGGCACAACACCGCCUCCGUCGACCACCGCUGCCAAUUAUAGGUGGAAGUACGCCAAGAACAGCGGGGCCACAGGGAUGUGUGUGUCUGGCUGGCUAGCGAGGCUCUCCCACUAA